AGCGGCACAUCCCUGUUGUCCCGGAAUCUAAAAUCCACCCCAUCAGUCCAGGAGGACAACCACAUUCACACCACUGCCGCCAAGAGAUGACCCGUCCAGUCUCCGCACCCGAAGCCAACGCUACUACCGGGGGGCUUGGAGCUGCAUAGCACCAACGCUCCGCCGACUGACCCAAAGAAGGGAACAGAGAUUUUUUUGAUACGAACACCCAGGACUAUUUAUCUUCUACAGGAAUUAUCUAGCUAAUUUCAUUUUUUCCCCCUCACUAAAGCAAGCAGCGGUCGUUGUGUUCAAUGACACCAUGCUCAUUGUCUCGUCCCGCAGUGCGCUGCUGUCCGUCUACUAUCCCCAGAUCUUCCUCAUCCUCACCAGCGGUAGCUACCUGGCGCUGUCCUCGGUGGUAGCUUUGGGCGCUAACAUCAUCUGCAACAAGAUCCCUGGGCUAGCCCCUAGACAGCGCGCACUCUGCCAGAGCCGCCCGGAUGCCAUCAUCGUCAUCGGUGAGGGUGCCCAGCAGGGCAUCAAUGAGUGCCAGUACCAGUUCCGCUAUGGCCGCUGGAACUGCUCCGCCCUGGGCGAGAGGACCGUCUUCGGACAAGAGCUGAGAGUAGGCAGCCGAGAGGCGGCGUUCACCUAUUCCAUCACGGCGGCUGGCGUGGCACAUUCGGUGACAGCGGCGUGUAGUCAGGGUAACCUGAGCCAGUGUGGCUGCGACAGGGAGAAGCAGGGCUACCAUGACCAGGAGGAGGGCUGGAAGUGGGGAGGCUGCUCGGCCAACAUCAAGUACGGCGUGGAGUUCUCCAGACGCUUCGUGGAUGCCCGAGAGAUCAAGAAGAACGCCCGACGUCUGAUGAACUUGCAUAAUAAUGAGGCAGGACGAAAGAUUCUGGAGGAGCAUAUGAAGUUGGAGUGUAAGUGUCACGGCGUGUCAGGCUCCUGCACCACCAAGACCUGCUGGAUCACCUUACCCAAGUUCCGGGAGAUUGGCUACAUCCUGAAAGAGCGCUACAGCGAGGCGGUCCAAGUCGAACCGGUCCGGGCCUCCCGUCUCCGCCAACCAUCCUUCCUUCGGCUGAAGGAGGCGCGGGGCUACCAGAAACCCACGGACACAGAUCUGGUCUACCUGGAGAGGUCUCCUAACUACUGCGAGGAGGACAUGGCGACAGGGAGCACAGGGACGCGGGGGAGGCUGUGUAACUACACGUCACCCCAUACCGACGGCUGCAAUCUGAUGUGUUGUGGUAGAGGCCACAACACCCACCAGUAUACCCGCGUGUGGCAGUGCAACUGCAAGUUCCAGUGGUGCUGUUUUGUGAAGUGUAACACGUGCAGCGAGAAGUCUGAGGUGUUCACCUGCAAAUAAAGGAUGGAUGGACAAGCAGAUGGAUGGAGGGGGACGGAGGGAUGAAGGACGGAGCUGGGAAAAGGGACAAGGCAAGGCCAUGAGAAAGGAUACAAGGAAGGAAAAAAGGGUACUAGGACGUGGACUUAGUGGGGAAGGACUUCAGGAGGGACUCUACAGAGUGGACUUGGAAAAUUGUUUGAUUGUUCACGGCUUCAUUUUGCACAUUGGACAUCCUAUUUGAUUUUAAAAAACAAAGGAAAGAUUAAAUGUACUAAAAUGACUUUGAGAGAAAUUACUUUGAAAAGUAGGCAAAUAAUGUUUUCUUCUUAUGUGCUGACUGGAAAACUGUGAUGCAGAUAUACUAUGUGUUGCAAGAUAUUGAUGAAGUGCAAGGAUUGUGGUUGUUCAUUUUUCUGUCUCCAACCAAGCAAAUCUGUUAUUGGAAACAUUGCGGACCCAAACUUUAUCAAGUGCAGUUUUCACCUCCUCGGUAACACUGCUCAUAAAAGCAAAAUAACCUCGACAUCUGAAACAGGGAAGGAAAAAAAAAACACGGAUUAACU